UCAAUUGGAGGAAGCAGCUUCAUUGUUUGAGACCUUUGCUCCACUUCACAGGACAUUCCCCACCGAAGGCAGUGAUGGCGAACGAGACGUGGCCCUCAUACGCCUCCCAUCAUCUGCUCCGCGGUGACCCUUUCGCCUCAAAGCUCUCCAAAGAGGCGGAUAUCGUUGCAGCUUUUUACAUCUGUAUCAUAGGAAUAAUGUCUGCAACAGGGAAUGGCUACGUCAUUUAUAUGACCAUCAAACGCAAGACCAAGUUAAGGCCUCCUGAGCUCAUGACGGUUAAUCUAGCCAUAUUCGACUUUGGCAUUUCAGUGACGGGAAAGCCCUUCUUCGUUGUGUCUAGUUUCUCCCACCGCUGGUUGUUCGGCUGGGAGGGCUGUCAAUUCUACGGCUGGGCGGGCUUCUUCUUUGGUUGUGGGAGCCUCAUCACGAUGACCAUGGUCAGCCUGGACCGGUAUCUCAAAAUCUGCCAUCUCAGUUACGGCACAUGGCUCAAACGCCACCACAUCUUCCUGUGCCUGGCAUUUGUGUGGGCGUAUGCAAUGUUUUGGGCCACCAUGCCCCUGAUCGGCUGGGGAAACUACGCCCCUGAGCCCUUCGGGACGUCCUGCACGCUGGACUGGUGGCUGGCACAGGCCUCUGUGUCCGGCCAGACCUUCGUCAUCACCAUCCUCAUCUUCUGCCUCAUCCUCCCCACUGUCAUCAUUGUCUUCUCCUAUGUCAUGAUCAUCUUCAAGGUCAAGUCUUCUGCAAAGGAGAUCUCGCAAUUUGACACCCGCGUCAACAACAGUCACAACCUUGAGUUGAAACUUACAAAGGUGGCAAUGCUGAUCUGUGCAGGCUUCUUGAUAGCCUGGAUUCCUUAUGCAAUCGUGUCCGUGGUGUCUGCGUUUGGUGACCCAGACUCAGUGCCCAUCCCUCUGUCCGUCAUUCCCACCUUGCUGGCCAAGUCCUCCGCCAUGUACAACCCCAUCAUCUACCAGGUUGUGGACCUGAAAAACUCCUGCGCAAGAUCCUCCUGUUUUAUGGCCCUGAAGAAACGCAGGCAUUUUAGAAAGUCAAGGUUCUGCACCAUCUCUGGCUCAUUAAAGAACACAGCACCAGCCAAAGAAGCUCACAUUGAGAUGUGAGACAGACGCUUUAGACUGUGGGACCUCCUUACCUCAUCUACUUUGGAAAGUUUGCCUUGUUCCCUGACCUCUGUGUCCUGCACUUACCCAGUCACGCGCUGCCUGACCUCAUCAACUGUUCACCCUCAGUCUUGCUGCUUGUUUUUAUGCCUAAGCUGGAUUUGCAUAUGCUUACCACAGUUCCCCUCUUCCUCCUACUUGGAAACGCAUCUUCCCCACAAGGUUCUCCUUCAUGUGUGGAGCUGUGUUGUAAUGUUCAGUCGUAACAACAUACAAGUAAUGUGUUGUGCGAACUCUUUGACUCUGUUUUUGUUUUUUUUCAGUAUUUCAGACACACUGUCAGUUAUGCUUUGAAAAAAAGAAAAAGAAGUUCUAUUGGCUGACUUACUACAGUGUUGUUCUCAUAAUACAGCUCGACUCAGGUUUUUGAAAUUGAGAACUUUCCAACUAGUCAUGUCACAUUAGAGAUGUCAUUUUUUUGUGAAU